AUGUCUGUAAUGCUCAAUCUGUUCAAUUUCAUUGACUUUGGCUUUUAUACAACGUUUCUGGUAGGUAUAUUGUCACUGCUACUUGCGAAAAUAAGAGCACCUUUGUUGCUGAAGUAUGGCAAAACCUUACCCGAGGAUGCCAAGAAUGGUCAAGAUAAGAGUCUCUGGGCUCUUUUCCAGCAACUUACGGUGCCGAAAGGUUGGUUCAGUCACUUUUAUGUUUACUCCGGGAUUCUUUCGUGUGUAAACUUGAUAGCGUUACGGCUCAACAUCCUAUCCGUUUUGAUGGCCGUUCAUUCUUUAAGACGACUCUACGAAACAACUCAUGUCAACAAAUCAAAGCCUAGCGCCAGGAUUCAUGUGUCACAUUAUAUGGUGGGGUUUUGGUACUACUCUGCAGUUAACUAUGCCAUUUACAGAAGCAAGCCCGAAACUUGGAGUCCACCUCUAAUCAAAAGUUUUGCAAUUUUGAUGUUCAUACUCGCAUCAUGGGAUCAGUACAAAAAUCAUCUGUACCUAUCGCAGUUGCGUAAAUACACGUUGCCCACCAAAGGGUUGUUUAGGUUAGUAGCCAGUGCGCACUACUUGGACGAAAUCUGCCUUUAUUCAGCAAUGACACUCUAUUCGCGUUCCACAAAACUAUUAGUGUGCUUGCUAUGGGUCAUCUCCAGUCUUUCUGUCUCUGCCAUUGAAACAAGAAAAUGGUAUAGUCAAAAGUUCCCACAAUCAACUCCUAAGUUUGCAAUUUUGCCUUACAUUCUUUGA